CACAGUUUAUAACCAGUCAUGCACUCCUGGAGCACACUCCCGCAGCUAGGUGUCGAGCGAUUCAUUCUUGAAGCUCCCUGCACUAGUUCGAUAUGUGGAAGAAGAGGAAAGCCCAUCGACUGGAGAUUUCGGCUCCUCUCAACUUCCAGCACAGGGUCCACACAUCCUUUGACCCACAAGACCAGAAAUUCAUUGGCCUGCCCCAACAGUGGCAGGGGCUAUUAGCAGAGAGCGUGAAACGGCCAAAACCUUUGGUAGAUCCAUCCGGGGUUACACCAGUGGAGCUCACACCACCAAAGCCCAUUGUUCGUGGAAACACACCUGGAAGCAAUGGUUACAUCACAGGGCUGCUGUCUGAUCUACAGAAACUUUCAGUCACUAGAUCUAACUCUUUACGGAGAAACACUUUUUGCUCAUCCCGAGGAAAAGAGUGCUUAUUGAGGAGAAUCAAGGAAAACAGCACCCAAGAGAUGCUGCAAAAGCAGCCAAAUUCCACAGGACGUUGGAGCAGGAUCUUCUCCAGAGGUCACCAUGGAAGGAGUAAAGGAGAGAAUGGGAACUUCACGGCUAGGUUGAGUUUACAAAAGUGUUCAUAUUUGCAACAAAACGGGUGUGAGGUUCACAUGAACAGAUCAAUCCAGAACCUAACUAUACCCUCGUUGGAAUAUGAACGACAGAGGACAAAGUCUAUCUACAAUUUACCAAGUCUUUCACUUGAACCCCAGAAUGUCACUGUCCCAUCUAAUGAAAUCCCUGCAGAACUUGUCCACCCACGUAUGGCGAGCAGGUUGAGACCAGGGAGAAGGAGCAGUCUUGGCUGGAGACCCAUGUCCUGCUUCUUUGUUCAGUCCAGCCCAAAGUGGACAAGAGAGCAUAGCUUGGACCUGAGCUCGAGCACGUCCUUCAACGCUCCAGAGAAUGGCACAACAGGGCACUCACUCAACACCAAUCUAGCAGCAGACCCCUUGCCGGACACUUCAGCAGGAGUCACAUCGGUCAUUCAAACUCAGGUAAACAACCAUGUUGGGCGGAAUGGAGGAAUAAUUCAGAAUGAUGCCCUGAGGCUGAGGAAAAAUGUGGCAGCGAUUGCCAAGCAAAAGGAGACUGAACUUGUCUCAGCACCAAGCCAUGUCCCCGACCCAUCGAGAGGGAUCACCCAACAACAGCCCAGCCUCAACAGACACAGCUCUCCACAGCUCAGCCCAGCUCAGCAGCAGCAACCUCAAACCAGUUCACCUGAUCGAGGUUGCAGAGUUACACACAAGGAAUUCAGGAGUGCCAUGGCAACAGUGGUUAACCAGAGUGAUCCCAGGAACCAGCUGGAGGCCCUCAGUAAAAUCGGGGAGGGCUCCACAGGCAUCGUGUGUGUUGCAACAGAGAAGCACACUGGCCGAAGGGUGGCAGUGAAAAGGAUGGACUUGAGGACACAGCAACGACGGGAGCUGCUCUUCAAUGAAGUUGUAAUAAUGAGAGAUUAUCAUCAUGAUAAUGUGGUGGAGAUGUACAGCAGCCAUCUGGUUGGGGAUGAACUGUGGGUUGUGAUGGAGCUCCUGCAGGGUGGAGCACUCACCGAUAUCAUCGCCUUUGCCAGGAUGGAUGAGGAGCAGAUCGCUACUGUUUGCCUGUCAAUAUUGAAGGCUCUGACUUACCUCCACUCCCAGGGUGUGAUCCACAGAGACAUCAAGAGUGACUCCAUUCUGCUCACACUCGACGGACGGAUUAAGCUCUCAGACUUUGGAUUUUGUGCCCAAGUGAAUGAGGAGAUUCCAAGGCGAAGAUCUUUGGUUGGGACACCAUACUGGAUGGCUCCAGAAGUGAUUGCCCGAUUACCAUAUGGACCAGAGGUGGAUAUUUGGUCACUGGGCAUCAUGGUGAUGGAAAUGAUUGAUGGAGAGCCCCCCUAUUUCAAUGACUCUCCUGUGGAAGCCAUGAAGAUGCUCCGGGACAAUCCUCCUCCUAGACUGAAGCUGGAACACAAGGUCUCUCCAAUUCUCAGGGAUUUCCUAGACCGGAUGCUGGUUCACGAUGUGACAGAGAGAGCUACAUCCAUUGAGCUACUGGCACAUCCAUUUAUGCUUCAGGCUGGACCCCCUGACUGUAUGAUCUCUUUGAUCCAGGCGUGUAGACAGUGAUUGCUUUAUGGAAGGGUUUGUGUGUCCAAACAGGGAAGUGUCACCCUGGCCUAGGAAAGUAAUAGCUCAGGCCCGAGUUCUGUGCUGAAAAAAGAGGUGGCUGAGUUUACAUCAAGAUUCCAGCUUUAUAACAGGAAAGGACCGAGCAGAGGACAGUGGGAAAUCAAAGUUUUUACCCUAGAUAGUGCAAAUCUUCUGGGCUCUCUGGAAUACCUCACAUAGGUGGGUAUAUUAUGGUAUUGAUGGAAUACUCGGCAGGAUCCACAGCAUAGCACUUUCCCCAGCACGUAGUGCAAGAAACUAGAGUCGACACAGACACUGACUUUCACUAGUAUACAGUUCCACAGCCACUGCCUCCAAUUGGGGAACAGUUCCACAGACACUGACACUCAUUGGGGGACAGUUCCACAGAAGCAGGCUACCAUCUGCUCACUCUGUAUUUUCUCAAAGUAACAUGAGGCCAGUUCUUUGGGGAAUAGUUUUCUCAAAAGAUUUGAGGACAAUAUGGUGUUGUAACAGUUUCUCUUGGCAGUUCUUCUGUGUAUAUUAUCUAUUUUUACAGUGGGUGGCAGCAUAUAGCUGGAUUCACAGGCUGCCUGUCAGCUUUUGUGCUCUUGCAGCUGACCUGAAAUAUCAAUUAUAAGGAUCUUAAAUGCACGAACUUCCAAAGUAAUUCACUGAGGCGUCAUGACUGUGUGGGUAGGUCCAACAUAUAAAUACAAGGACAUACACUACAUGCUCACUGCCUACGUUAAGAAUUGCCAUUGCUGAGGCAGUUCUAAUGCAAAGGCUCACUCACCCAGGGUUUUCAUCCUGUUCAUACUCAUGAUACUCAUGGUCUAGAAAUAAUAAGAAAUAGGAGCAUCCAAACUCAAGGAUUGGUACCCCCACCCAAAACUUCAGACCCAUGAGAAGCCUUCAGAUUUACACCACAAUGAAUUUGCAUCUCUCUCAUGUUUCUAAUAUGAGGAGGACUUGGAGUUCUGUUUUCUGACUAAGAACAGCACUUUCCAAACCUCCAGGCCCAUGACAUUUGAACAGCAUGGGCCAAUGAGUGCAACGCACAGGCACAAGAAUGACUAGACUGCUAGGUUUGGAGGAUGGAGUCUAGGCUAGACUAGGUUAAUCCUUAUGUUGGGCAGUAUUACCUAGAGGGCGAACACUGGAGGAUCCUUGCAGUGAUCAUUGGAGAAAGUUCAAGAGCCCUGCCUCAAACUUCAUCUGUCACAAAUAUUGAAUGAUGUGUUUAAUAUUUAAAGAGCAGACAAGGUUUUCUGAUCUUAGAACAGUUUGGUUUAUUGUCUAAAGUUGCUGGUGGUGAUAUUGUAGUAAAUAACUAAACAGUUUCUAGUAAUCUCAAAGAGCUGGAUGUUAGUUCACUGUGCAUUCCUUGUUAUGUUUGGUGAACUAGCCCGUUAGUCUGUAUAAGAGUGAACUGAAGGCAUCUUUGCAGACAGAUAUAUAUUUUCUCAUUGAAUAUGGUGCAAACCCUGUGUAGCUGUACUUGUGCAUCACUGCAUAGUAUUUUAUAGAUAAAGAAAAUAUACAUUUAUAUUGCAUUUUCACAAGUUCAGGUUGUCCUUCAUAGCCCAUGAUGUGACAGGAAUUAAAUAACAAGUUCAUUGGUAAA